CGAAUCGAGACGUGUAAUUGGAUUGCUAUUAAAAAAUUUCCCUAACGAAAUUAUCAGAAUAAUGGGUCAAUUCGCUGUACAAGUCUCACGUGUGGUUACCGCGGCUGCCGUUUUUAUUACAGCACACUGGCCUUUAUGUCUGUUAAUCAAUGUAAUUCUGUUUUCAAUUGGUGCUUUACUUUGGAAAGUUGGGUACCUACAGCGACUAAUACCAUACAUCUGGAGAAGUCUACAAGAAGAACCCGAAGAUGCUGAGGAGGACGAUGAAAAUUGGUUUGGGAACCUGAAUCCGGAACAGAGUGUUGAGCUACAUCGCCGUCAACGUUUCGAGGCAGCAGCUGGAGUGAUGGAAAAUGUUGCAGGUGAAAAGCCCACUAAAGAGCCCCCACUCAGACGAAGGGAAACUUACGGUUAAGCCUACAAAUACAAGACAAAAUACGGGUUGUUGCUGCGCUGAACUGUUGAACCAUAUACUAGACCACUAGCCCACUAGCCCAUUAAUCAAGAAACUUCAAAAUAACACACAUAGACGAUCACAAUCGGAGGCCUUGAUUUCUGGGCCAUGACCGGAUAUCCAAAUAAAAUCAACUAAAUACAGUUCCAUGCCCAGUCGUAA